AUGGCUUUGGAGCAACCGACAGGUGGCUACCGGUCAAGCGCUCAAGUUUUAAAAGAUCAUUUGAGGAUUCAUACUGGAGAAAAGCCCCAUGCAUGUGAACACUGUUCUAAAACAUUUUCUAGCGCAUCAAAUUUAAAAGUACAUUUGAGAAUUCAUGCUAAUGAAAAACCCUAUCGGUGUGAAACUUGUUUUAAGGACUUUAGAUUUUCUGGAAAUUUAAAGAGACAUUUGCAAACCCAUACUGGCAUAAAACCAUAUUUGUGCGAAUAUUGCUCAAAGCCAUUUUCUAGCGCUCAAGUUUUAAAAGAUCAUUUGAGGAUUCAUACUGGAGAAAAACCCCAUGCAUAUGCAUGUGAACACUGUUCUAAGGCAUUUUCUAGCGCAAUAAAUUUAAAAGUACAUUUGAGAAUUCAUGCUAAUGAAAAACCUUAUCGGUGUGAAACUUGUUUUAAGGACUUUAGAUUUUCUGGAAAUUUAAAGAGACAUUUGCAAACCCAUACUGAGCUGAGAGACAAUGGUGAAGAAUCGCUUUCAGAUAGUUGGGGUGUUGCAGUUGCAAUGCUUUUUAGCAGUUUGCCUCGUAGUUUAAUGCCUUCGCUGGUUGCUUCCUUUAAUUUCAGCACUAGAAACCCGCUCGGAAUCAGAAUCAACAUUUGUUGCAGUUCAAGAAAAGACCAUUGUUGA